CUUGAGUCCAAAAACGUUCAUGUUCCACCUACCUCUUUAUAAAUACCGCAUGAAUAGAUCCUCCGUUGAAGAACGAAAUUCCAAAGAUGGGUGUUGAUCUUGAGUCUCUGUCGGAGGCGACUUCGGGUGCUAUAGGAUCGUUACUUAGCACAACCCUCUUGUAUCCUCUUGAUACCUGCAAAACCAAGUACCAAGCCGACGUUCGAAUAUAUGGGCAGAGGAAAUACAGGAGUCUCUCUGAUGUAUUUUGGGAAGCAAUAUCUUCUGGUCAGGUUUUUUCUCUGUAUCAGGGCUUAGGAACUAAGAACCUUCAAUCCUUCAUAUCACAGUUUGUCUACUUCUAUGGUUAUAGUUACUUCAAAAGAGUAUAUUUGGAAAAGAGUGGUUUUAAGUCUAUAGGAACAAAAGCAAACUUGAUAAUUGCUGCUGCUGCUGGGGCUUGCACUGCUGUUGUUACUCAGCCCCUGGAUACAGCCUCCUCAAGGAUGCAGACAAGUGCCUUUGGAAAAUCCAAAGGACUGUGGAAGACCCUUACAGAGGGCACUUUGACUGAUGCAUUUGAUGGCCUUAGCAUUUCUCUUUUGCUGACCUCAAACCCUGCAAUCCAGUAUACAGUAUUUGAUCAGCUAAAACAACGGCUUUUGAAGCAAAAACAGAACAAAGCAGAUAAUGAUGCAUCCACUGUUGUACUUUCCGCCUUUGCAGCUUUUGUGUUAGGUGCAAUUUCAAAAAGUGUUGCCACUGUUUUGACAUACCCAGCAAUCAGGUGUAAGGUCAUGAUUCAGGCUGCUGACUCAGAUGAAAAUGAAACCAAGAGAGCUGGAUCAAAGCCCAAAAAGAGCAUCCCUGAAGUUAUGUAUGCAAUAUGGAGAGGGGAAGGGGUAUUUGGCUUCUUUAAGGGAUUGCAGGCCCAGAUCCUGAAGACUGUACUAAGCUCAGCUUUGCUAUUGAUGAUCAAAGAGAAAAUCACUGCCACAACUUGGGUUCUUAUACUAGCCAUUAGAAGGUAUCUGUUGCUUACAAGGGGCAGAUUAAAAAGUGCAUAAGAGUAAUAGCAGCUACAUCUAUUUUCUAGCUCAUAUAAGUAGUAUGGCUUCAUUUGUUACUAAACAUUUUGUAUUGUGAGCAUAAAUUCUUGGAUAGGAAGCAUAAUUUCAAGAACAAAUAAAUGCUCUCUAGUGUUGAACUAUCAAAGUCUAAGCUCCGUUGUAGUCUUAUUCUUCAAAUAAGCUUUGGUUUUAGGGGAAUAUUCUGCCUCGAGAAUUUAUAUAUUGCAAAGAGUGAAAAUUGCUUGGAUGAGAGUUCAUGUUGUUUCCCUUUCUGGAAUGGCCGUAGUCUGCUCUAUUUUAUUCUAUAGAAGCUAAAAUCAAGCACCAAACACAGU